UGUAAACAAACUGAUGCAACCAUCACAGUGAUGACGAUAAGUUGUGUCUUAAAAUCAUCUUGUCAGUGUGUAUGCUGCCCAAAAGACUAAAACACUCACACACACGUUGAAUGAUACUCGUUUAGUUAUAACUGCCGGAACGACAUCUUUCAAAUCCGAGAAAUGGCAAGACAACGAAGAGGAAUCGAAAUGGGUGUGUUGUUACUCAUGUGGCAACUGCUCAACACUGGGCUGGAAACAUUUCCACCAGUUACAAUUUUAGUGGUGGCAGGCCAGGUUUGCUUAUUUAUGGGUUUGAUACCGGUUUCAUGGGAUGCUGGUGGGGUCUGCCUUAGUGCCCAGGCUGUAUUGAAGUGGAGGGAGUAUGAACGUCUAGUGCUGUCUGCCUUGGAGCAUGCUGAUGAUCUUCAUCUCUACUACAAUAUGCUCUCAUUCCUGUCGAAAGGUAGAUCAUUGGAGAGGCACUUCGGAAGCCCCUACUUUGCCUACCUCUUGAGUGUGUUCACCGUGCUGACUAGUGUCACCUAUGUGGGACUGGAAGUGCUAUUAAGUGAAUUGCUUCAUGACAAACAGCACUAUAAAACAUGUGCCAUUGGAUUUUCUGGAGUCAUAUUCGCCCUUAAAGUCUUGACGACAUCUUACUGGGAAAGCGGAUAUCGUAGGUACUUUGGUAUCCGCGUCUCUGGGAAGUACGCUGUAUGGUUGGAAUUGAUUGCAAUUCAGCUGAUGGUUCCCAACACCUCGUUUGUGGGCCACUUGGCCGGCAUUUUAGUGGGCGUUGCCUACACUCAAGGGCCUUUAAAGUUCAUCAUGGAUCUUCCCAUUGACGCCAUUGGAUUUGUGAGUGGCCCGCAAAUGGCUCAGCCGCGUAGUUACAGUGACUGGGGCUCGGGAGUGAGUGGAUACGGAGCUGCUCAGCCGAGUACUUAUGGGUGGAGAGUUGGGAGUGACAUCAACGAUGCCGAUUAUGAUGAAGCAAUAAGACGAAGCUACGAGACUCUUCAAAAUGAAGACACACCCAGAACUUUCAACCCGGAUGAUAUGCAACCAGAUCAAGAUGAGAUCAGAAGAAGAAGGUUAAAUCGUUUUAAUGUCUCAUAAUUAAGUUUAUCAUUAUUCAGGCGCGUACACUCAGCUGGUCUUAACUCUUUGAUUGGUGUGAUCUGUAAUAUAAGUUUCAUCCAUCCUGUACUAAUUGAGCCAAUACAUUUGUGAUAAUUGCAAAA